UAUAGAUAAGAUUUUUAUUAUGAAUAUGACAAGUAGAGUCUUAUUGAUCCUCUCCUCUUUGCUCUUGCUAAGUGGAACUGCAAGUGCAUUUUAUGAUGAUGCAACGUUUGCGAAUAUUAAUGAAAUCGUGACUGAGCACUUUGAGCUGGAUAUUUUUAUUGAUUUCACUAGAAAUGUGUUUUCAGGCACAAACACUCUUUCAAUGAGAAGAACAGCUGAUUUCCUCGAUGUAGUAACUCUAGACGUCUGGGAUUUAAAUGUUUCUAAAAUAAUAGACCAGAAUGGGAGAGACUAUAAAUUUGAGAUAGAUGAUCCCAACCCAAACCUUGGACAAAGAUUGAUUAUUACUAUUCCAGAAGAAGUUUCAGAAUUGGAGGUCUAUAAUUUUACCAUAAGCUAUGAAACUUCUCCAACUGCAGAGGCUAUUAGCUGGCUGACUCCUGAGCAAACCUCUGGAAAAGAAAUUCCUUACAUGUUUACUCAAUCUGAAUCUAUCUUUGCUAGGUCUUUAGCUCCUUUCCAAGACACUCCAAGCAUAAAAACUACAUACGUUGUUAAAACCACUACCAAUCCUGAAUUCGUGACUAGAGUUAGCGGGAACAUGACCUAUGACUACACUGAUUGUACAUCAAGAUACUCCACAUUUGAAAUGAAUAUCCCUGUCCAAUCCUACUUGUUGGCUAUUGCAUCAGGUAAUCUUGUCGAGCGACGAAUUGGGGAGAGAACCUUUGUCAUUACUGAACCUGAAGAGAUAGAGAAAGUUGAAAACGAAUUCGCUCAGUUGGAGGACUUCCUCAUCCAAGCUGAAAACAUUACUAUUCCGUAUGAGUGGGGAGAGUACAAAUUGUUGAUACUUCCACCAUCAUUCCCAUUCGGAGGUAUGGAAAAUCCUCUUCUAACAUUUGCAUCCCCUGCCAUUGUUCCUGGAGAUAAAUCAUCUGUGGAUGUUGCAAUCCAUGAGAUUGCUCACUCAUGGUUCGGAAACUUAGUCACAAACAACAAUUGGACAAACUUCUGGUUGAAUGAAGGCUUCACUGUAUUUUUGGAAAGGAGAGCAGUCAGAAAUAUUUUUGGAGAAGACUAUAUGAAGGUUACUGCUAAGCUUGAGAAUCAGUCUAUGUACUAUGAUAUGCUUGAUUAUGGCCUUGAUCAUACCUUCUCAAGCCUCUAUCCUAUCUUCCAUGGUGAAAACCCAGACGAUGCUUUCAGUGAGAUCCCAUAUGAAAAAGGAUUCCAGUUCUUAUACUAUCUAGAGACGGUGAUCGGAGAAGAAAACUUUACAGAGUUCUUAAGAAAAUAUUUGGCAAAAUUUUCUCAAGAAAGUAUUGGAACAGUAGAUUUUAUCAACUAUUUUACCUCAUUCGUUACUGAAACCUUCUCAGAGAAUGAAUCCAGAGACAUUCUUGAAGAGAUCGAUUUUGACACCUGGAUUUAUGCUCCUGGACUUCCUCCUGUAACCCUUGAUUUCGAAACAGAAGAAUAUAAUCAAUCAAUUGAGCUAGCUCAAAACUUCUUGGAUGGAACUGUAGACAAAGAAGCAGCGCUAAAAUUAUACCUAAGCUUUUCUGUCAAUCUGAAGGGACUCUUCAUCAGUCACUUGAUUGAUAAUAUAGAGGAAGUUGAUGAAGACAAAGCUAGCUAUAUUGAUAAUACCUUACACAUCAGUUCCGAAAUUAAUGGAGAAAUUAUUUACAGAUGGCUUCAAGUUGCAAUUAGAAGUGGCCAGUUGGGAAGCCCAUUCACUUCUGCAGAGGAAUUCGUAUCCUCUAUUGGAAGACAGAAGUUUGUCAUGCCCGUAUAUAUGGCAAUGAAAGAUAUUGACAUUGCCAAGGCUAAGGAGAUAUUUGAAAGACAUAGAGAUUUCUAUCAUCCCUUGACCGUUACUGCUAUUGAAAAGAAGCUAUACAAUGAAAUCAUGAUCAGUGAAUAA